UAGAAAGCGAGCGAGGUCUGGCGCUGCGCAUAGCAGUCGUGCCAUCGAGAAAAGACAAUAUCAACCGAGCGCAGGAGAGACACAGCAGAGCCCCUCAGGCACAGGAGCUCAGGUAGUCGUCUGAUAGAGUGACUGAUACAAGAGAGAGCGAGAGAGAGAGAGAGAGAUAGGGGAACAGAAACACAGAGAAACAAGAAUCAGCUGAUUUCCUCAUGCUUGGAUGUGACUGUUCAACAAUCGUUAAUGCGUAACGCUCAACACUCCCUCAUGUGAGGGUGUAGAAUGGAAACAACCCUCUACCCAGGCACCGUCGUGAGCACUCCGAGGGUUCCCAGCAUCUAUUCCCAGAGCACGAUGAUGAAGAAGGAAAUCAAUCUGAACUUGGACGACCAGAACUCCGAGCUCAAAACAAACCCGCUCCGAGACACAGACGGACUUCUCAACUCUCCAGACUUGGCACUCAUGAAACUAACCUCUCCGGACCUGGAGCGCCUUAUUAUCCAGUCGAACGGUCUGGUCACCACCAGCAACCCGACCUCUCAGUUCCUCUACCCGAAGUCAGCCAGUGACGAGCAGGAGUUCGCGGAAGGUUUCGUCAAGGCUCUGGAGGAUCUUCACAAGCAGAACCAGCUGAGCGAAGCAGGGUGCGUUUCUGUGGAUAGACUGGAGCUCCUCGGAUCGUCCAACGCGGUCGGGUCCUCCGCGCUCCAGACACCAGACCUUCCUGUGUACACUACUUUAAACGGCUAUGCGGCCAGUCCGCUCGGAGCCACCACCAUCAACUACUCCACGGACACCAUCCCGUUCCCGCCGCCUCCGUCUCAUCUGGGCAGCGCGCAACAGCAGGCGGCCGCCGCGGCGGCUUUGUCGCGUCUCCAGUCUGCAGGUUUGGUGAAGGACGAACCUCAGACGGUACCAGACAUGCAGAGCUUUGGGGACAGCCCCCCUCUGUCUCCAAUUGAUAUGGACAACCAGGAGCGCAUCAAAGCGGAGAGGAAAAAACUGCGGAACAGGAUAGCAGCCUCCAAAUGCCGCAAAAGAAAACUGGAAAGGAUAUCUCGGCUGGAGGACAAGGUCAAGAGUCUGAAAACGCAGAAUACCGAGCUGGCAUCCACGGCCAGCGUCCUCAGGGAGCAAGUGGCUCAGUUGAAGCAGAAGGUGAUGAACCACGUCAGCAGUGGAUGCCAGCUUUUGCCAAACCAGGUCCAGGCCUACUAAAUCCCAGCAAUGGUGCUCUUUCUGGGUGUUUUUACUGCUCUCAACAUGCUUUGAGAAUACAGGGCUGUAUUAUGAGGAACAUUUGCCUUUCUCAACCUAAAGUCCUUAUCCGAGACUUGACACGAGGCCACUGCAAAUGCACCGUCCAGAUAAACCCUGUAAACUGAGAAACAAAACAUCUGCCCUCUGCUCUGAACUGUGUAGAGAUGAACAGGCCUCGAUGAGAGCUGGACAAUGACAGGUUAAACAGCUGGAGCAGGUGAGGGCUGCAGCCUCUUCUGCUCUUCACUAAAAUGUGGCAGUGUUGUGCAGCAAACUGACUUCUUUUGUCGCCCUACUUUUCUGGGAAGCCAUGUAGCAAACUGCUAUCCGGUGGACUGGUGGAGGAUAGCGUGUAUCUGUGUGUGUAAGCUGGACAAUCUCAACAGGAGUGCAACCAAACACCAGGGUGUCACCAAGUGCUGUCACCCUUCGUGUAUUAUAAUGCCUUACUUGUUUACAAGCACUUAAUGACAAAUAUAUAUUUUAUUUACUGAAACAUUUCUUAUUUUACAUAUGGUCUUACUUCUUGUUGUUCUUUUAUGUAAUUUUUCUUUUUGCAAAACUGAACACUGCAUGUCUUGUUGCUUUUGUGUACAGUAACCAUUGUAUUUUUCAUUGUGGUGGCUGCUUUGUAGUUCUUCAGUCACCACUUCCAUGAAUGUAUGCGUACGUGCUGAGAAACUAUGUAUCCAUGAGUAAUGGGCUUUCAAGUCUCUACCUGACAUGUAUUAAAUUCACUACAUUACUAA